UCCUCAGUCCUCCUCCUCAUGAGUGCAGUAAAGAUGGCGCAAGACAGGAAGGUGCCCAGCGAUCUCUUCCAGCAUGUGUACUCGUUUCUUGUGGAGAACAAGUUCAGUAAAGCCGCGAAAGAGUUCUUAAAGCAGGCCAAAGUGAAACCUCAGGACCAAAAUGAGGACAGUCUUCUGGAUAUCUUCAGUUUUUGGGUGAAGUCCCCAGAGACUAAAAAGCGAAAAGCGGUCACCAAUGGCCCCUCGGCUGUCAACGGCCCUUCAGCUAAGAAAGCAAAGAAAGAUGAAGAGAGUUCCAGUGAAGACUCUAGCAGUGAUGAGGAAGAUGCUGCACCUGCAAAGAAAGUCACAAAAGGGGCCAAACCCAUGGCUUCGACCCCUAAGCUGGCGUCCACUCCUGCAGCUCAGAAGAAGCAGGACAGCAGCAGCGAGGAUAGCUCGAGUGAAUCUGAGGAUGACGCACCAGCUAAGACAGCAGUAAAAGCACCCGUCCCGGUGAAGACCCCUCCUGUCAAGCCAGCGGCCCCUGCAGAGUCCAGCAGUGAAGAGUCAUCCUCGGAUGAAGAGACUCCUCCUCCUCCUACUAAGAAACCCAAGACUGGACAAUUCAGUGCUGUUCCGCCCCCUGGGACACUGACGGCGUCUGCUCCAGUCAAAGCUAAAAAAGCCUCUGCAGCCCCAGUAAAGACUGUGACCCCUAAACCUGCUGCUAAGAAAGACUCCAGUUCUGACAGCUCUGAUUCAAGCUCUGAGGAUGAGGCACAGAAGCCUGUGGUGAAAGCCGCACCGGCUAAAGCAGCUCCAGUGAAGCCAGUGCCUGCUCAGGAGGAUGAAUCUUCAAGCUCAGAUUCAAGCUCGGAGGAUGAAGCGGCAAAGCCAGCUGCUAAAACCACAACUGUAAUAGUUGCGCCUGCUAAAGUCACUCAAGUCAAAGUCGCCCCUGCUGCAGAUGAGUCUUCAUCUUCUAGCUCUGAUGACUCUGAUGAUGAGGAUGUGGCAAAGAAACCAGCCACUGCAGUUGUUCCGGUUAAACCUGCGCCAGCCAAGAAAGCUCUGGCUAAAGUCACACCCGCUGCAAAACAAUCAUCAUCUAGUUCUGAAGACUCUGAGGAUGAGGGACCAGCGGCAAAACCUGCUCCAGCGAAGGCUGCCCCUGCUAAAGCUGCCCGUCCGAAGACAACAACUGCUAAGAAAGACGAAUCCUCAAGUUCAGAUUCAGAUAGUUCUGAAGAUGAGGCACCAGCUAAACCAGCAGCUGCUCCCAAACCUACGAGCACUCCCAAACCUGCAGCUAAACCUGCGACAAAUACCGCUGAAAGCAGCUCUGACUCGGACAGCUCUUCAGAGGACGACGAGGAACCUAAAAAAAAAUCUGCCACCACACCGGUAUCCAAAAUGGCUGUUACUCCAGCAAAACCAGCCCCAGCCAAACCUACUCCUACUGCUAAACCUGCGACAAAGCCCGCUGAAAGCAGCUCUGACUCAGACAGCUCUUCAGAGGAAGACGAGGAGCCUCAAAAGAAACCCACCACAACACGGGUAUCUAAACUCGCUGCUACUCCAGCAAAACCAGCCCCUAAAGCCGCUGUUAAACCAGCCGAAAGCAGCUCAGACAGCUCUUCAGAGGAAGACGAGGAGCAUCAAAAGAAACCCACCACAACACGGGUAUCUAAACUCGCUGCUACUCCAGCAAAACCAGCCCCUAAAGCCGCUGUUAAACCAGCCGAAAGCAGCUCAGACAGCUCUUCAGAGGAAGACGAGGAGCCUCAAAAGAAACUCACCACAACACCGGUAUCUAAACCCGCUGCUACUCCAGCAAAGCUAACCCCUAAAGCCGCUGUUAAACCAGCCGAAAGCAGCUCAGACAGCUCUUCAGAGGAAGACGAGGAACCUCAAAAGAAACCCGCAUCUACCCCAGCCAAACCUACUCCUACAGCUAAACUAGCCCCUAAACGGCCAAAAGCAGUUCGGACUCUGACAGCUCUGACUCGGAGGAAGAGACUCCAGCUUCUAAGACUGCUAAACCAACAGCGAAUGUUUCAAAAAGCCCAGCGUCUGCUGCCAAAACCCCUGUACUGGCCAGCAAGCCUGCAGCCGAGUCUAGCUGCAGUGACUCUGACAGCUCCAGUGAAGACGAGGCAUCGACUAAGACAACCGUGACUCCCAAAUCUACUGCGACCACUGCUAAAUCUGCAAUCAGCAAUGGAAAGGCUGCAACAAAAACCCCCACCUCUGCAGCGAAGACACCGGUCGUGAAAACACCGCCUACUACAAAAACACCGACUGCUAAAGCCA